CCCACCGCCACCGCCACCGCGCUUGACUCUUGCUUGCUUGGGCUCGCGUGUGCGUGCGUGCUUCUCUGGAGCUCGUCUUGCUAGCUAGCUAGCUCGGUCGGGCGUGUUCUUGCAUGCCUGCUUGGCCGGUGAGGGGGCGGCGCUGGUGGUGAGCGGGUGGCCAUGGCGUCGUCGGAGGCCGACCGGGUUCGCCGGCUGACGCUUGAGGCGGGCGGGGGCGUGGACAGGGACAAGCCGGACUCCAAGCGGGACGUGUUCGCGGAUCUCGGCUCGCCGGUCUCGCCGCUGCGGCUGCGGGCCACGCCGUCGUCCUCGUCCUCGUCCGCCGGGUCGGCCAAGUCGCCGGCUCUGUGCAAUGCGGCGGCGGGCGGCGGGAGGGGCGGCGGCGCUCGGAGCGUGAGCGGGAGGGGGAGCCACUCGGGCGAGCUGGCGGCGGAGAGCGGCAGCGGCAGCGCCAGCAGCAACCCGCCGCGGCCGCCCGGGCACCGGCGCUCCGGAUCUGGGCCGCUGAUUUUCUCCGGCGGGAGCGGCAGCUCGGGGGGCGGUGACGGCGGGAGCACGGCGAGCUCGCCGCUCACCAAUGCGCUCCCCACCGGCAACAUCUGCUCGUCCGGCCGCGUCGCGCCGGCGCCCGCCGCGCCCCGGCCGCGCGCGCGCCCGGACGUGCUCGGAUCCGGCACCGGCCACUACGGCCACGGCAGCAUCAUGCGGGGCGGCAUGGCCCCCGCGAGGAGCGGCGGCAUUGACGCCGCGCCGCUCGCCGGCAGAUCCUCGAGGUCCCCGGCGAGCUUCCCGGCGCCGCCGGACAGCCUGCAGGAGGUCACCCGGGCCGGGAACGAGCUGUACAAGCAGGGCCGGUACGGCGACGCGCUGCGGCACUACGACCGCGCCCUGGCGCUCUGCCCGGACAGCGCCGCGUGCCGCGGCAACCGCGCCGCCGCGCUCACCGGGCUCGGCCGCCUCGCCGAGGCCCUCCGCGACUGCGAGGAGGCCGUCCGGCUCGACCCGGCCAGCGGCCGCGCCCACGGCCGCCUCGCCGCGCUCUGCCUCCGGUUUGGGAUGGUUGAGAAGGCAAGGAGGCAGCUUACGCUGGCCGGGAACGCGAACCUGUCCGACCCUGCCGAGUGGCAGAAACUUUAUGAGGUGGAGAGCCAUCUGGGGAAAUGCAUGGACGCGAGGAGGAUCGGAGACUGGAAGAGCGCGCUGAGGGAAGCAGACGCCGCCAUUGCCAACGGAGCAGACUCCUCUCAGCUGCUCCUUGCCAUGAGGUCCGAAGCGCUUCUCCGGCUUAACAAACUAGAGGAGGCCGAUUCGACUAUUACGGGUUUGCUGAAAUUGGACAGUGCAUCCCUAUCUUCAAUGUCCACCAAACUGUCAGGCAUGGUAGCUGAUUCAUAUGUACAUGUUGUACAAGCCCAGGUCAACAUGGCAUUUGGGAGGUUUGAUGCAGCUAUUGGCAUUGCUGAGAAGGCUAGAGCUAUUGAUCCUGCAAAUGCAGAGGUUGGAUUGAUCCUGAAUAACAUGAGGCUAGUAGCACGGGCUCGAGCUCAGGGGAAUGACCUUUUUAAGGCGGGCAAGUUUGCCGAGGCAUCUAUCGCCUAUGGUGAAGGGCUCAAGCAUGAGUCCUCAAAUCCAGUGUUGUACUGCAAUAGAGCAGCUUGCUGGUCCAAGUUAGGUCGGUGGGCGAAAGCCGUUGAGGAUUGCAAUGAGGCGCUGAGGAUCCAACCUAGCUACACAAAAGCUCUCUUAAGGCGGGCAGCGUCCUAUGCAAAGCUUGAGCGUUGGGCUGAUUGUGUGCGAGACUAUGAGGUGCUUCGCAAGGAGCUUCCUGGCGACACGGAGGUUGCGGAGUCAUUGUUCCAUGCCCAAGUCGCGCUGAAGACAACCCGUGGUGAGGAGGUAUCAAAUAUGAAGUUUGGUGGAGAGGUUGAGAUAGUUACCAGCAUAGAGCAAGUCCGAGCUGCUAUACAUUCGCCCGGGGUGACUGUUCUUUACUUCAUGGCAACAAUGAAUCAGCAGUGUGCACAGAUUACCCCAUCAGUGGAUGCUCUUUGUUCCGAGUGCCCUUCGGUGAAUUUUCUGAAGGUAAAUGUUGAUGAGAGCCCAAUGAUAGCAAAGGCAGAGAAUGUGCGCGUAGUCCCGACAUUCAAGAUAUACAAGGACGGCGCACGGGUGAAAGAGAUGAUCUGCCCUAGCUUACACGUUUUACGCUAUUCAGUGAGGCACUAUGCUGUCUCCAAUUCUUGAGGAGGUCAUACCAGUGGCACCCAUACUAGUCCUUUGAUGCAUAGAGUUCCCCCGGUCGAUUGCCGGCAUUUUACCAACACAUUUUUUCUAUAGAAUCAGCCCCUCCACAGCACCUCAGCAGCCUCCAUUGAGCAUGAACCAAAUUAAAUUUUGUAUAUCAAAGAGUUUGCCAUCACCCCCCAUCCUGUUGCUAGUCCUGAGUCCUGACCCUUCAUUCGACCUAUUCUUGGAUCAUUUAGGCUCCCUCAUUUCCUACUAUCACUAGUACCCACCAUUGCAUCAACCUUGAGCAAUUCUUUCAUCUCUUGCAACUCUGCUCUCUGCCACCAUUUCCAUACAUUCAUUCUGCUCCGCGCCGUAGAAAGACAGACGCUUCUCAGAGAAAAAAAUAAAGCCCCUGACAUAUUUCUAGAUGCAUAUGCCAUUGUUAGAGAGGGAGGAGGAAGAGAUAAGAAGAGGCCUGCCGAGCGCCGGCUUCUUCGUUACGUGUACAUAAGUCAUAUUAUAGCAAACAAAAAUUGGAGGAUUGGUUAUUCUGCGGGGGAACGAACGGUCGCGCCGUUUUUGGCGCCGGGCCAGUUUCCAUUUGAGUUGAGAAGGAUGUUGAUGUAAUCUGGUAGGAAGGUUGUCAUUUUCAUGUCCUGUGGAGGGCCAUGUGGCGCUGAUGUGAUACAUAUACAUGCUGACAUUUCUUUCUUUCUUUGUUUCUAUGAAUAAAAAUAGCCCGACAUUCAUUCUUUCUGCCC